UAAAAUUCCAAGGACAUGCGCACUUCAGCCUGCGCCAUAGAUUGACAGUCGAAACUUCUUUUUUCUACACAUUUACCAUGCUGAGACUGUCUGUUCGAUAAUUUCAACAAAAAGAUUUAAUUUUUAAAUGUAUUGGGAUGUGCUUUCACUUUGACAUUCAGAAUGGCAUGCCUAACCAAACUUAAACAAGACAUAAAACUUCUCGAAAGAGCCUUCCCCAAAGAAAGUGACAGAUCUUUUAGAAUUUUGUCAGCUUCAGUAGACGAAAUAAAUUUUGUAUUUAUUGAUGAAAGUGGAGGCAAACAUCGAAUAAAUGCUAAUAUAACGGAGGCUUAUCCACAAUCACCUCCAAUAUGGUUUAGUGAAGAUGAAGAUCAGAAUAUCAGCUCAACAAUUGAAAGCAUAAGUGAAACAACAUCAAAUAAUUAUGGAAUAAUUAAUCAGGUAAAGAUAUUGAUACAGGAACUAUGUACAGUCCAUCAUAUUCCAUUACCCGAUUCUCUUGGCAUGCUUGGCGGACCAGUCCUAGAAAAGGAACCUGUGGGUGUUGAGCCACAUGAAAGUUCUGAUGAAGAUGACGAUGUUGAUUUUGCCAUGGAAGAUGACACACAUCAUGAGAGCAAAUUUAAAGAAAAUGUAGAUGGUAUAGAUACAGAGAACAUUGUCAUCCUAGAAAAGUUAAAGCAGAAUCAACGAAAAGAUUAUUUACAGGGAUCAGUGAGUGGUUCUGUUUUAGCUACAGAUAGACUUAUGAAAGAACUAAGAGAUAUAUAUAGGUCUGAUAGUUAUAAAAAAGGUAUUUAUUCCGUAGAUCUAGUCAACGACAGCCUCUAUGAAUGGAGUAUCAAAUUAAGAAAGGUUGAUCCUGAUAGCACACUUCAUGGAGAUCUGGAAAGUUAUAAAGAAAAAAUGGGAAGAGAUCAUAUAUUAUUAAACUUUACAUAUAAAGAUAAUUUCCCCUGUGAGCCACCCUUUGUUAGAGUUGUUACACCUGUUUUACAAGGUGGUUAUGUCCUUGGUGGUGGAGCAAUAUGUAUGGAGCUUCUCACUAGACAGGGUUGGAGUAGUGCCUAUAAUAUGGAAUCUGUAAUCCUACAGAUAUCCGCCACACUUGUCAAAGGGAAAGCUCGAAUUCAGUUUGGAGCACCCAAGAACCAAUACAGUCUUGCAAGAGCCCAACAGUCUUUCAAAUCUUUAGUUCAGAUACAUGAAAAAAAUGGCUGGUUUACGCCUCCAAAAGAAGAUGGAUAGCACACUAUAUCAUACUUUUUCUCAGUUUAUUGAUAGUCAUUGUUAUAGCUUGCAUGAGAUGAGUAGAAAGAUACAGACUUAAAACAUUCACAAGAUCAUGAGCAGAUUAAAUCAUUAUCCAUGUUGGUUGGAAGCUUGAAUGAUAUUGAAAAUAGAUGGACAAUUGCUUUCUAUUUUAUCAUAAAUGAAAAUUAGAUUUGUAUGUUAAAAAAAAUAUUCGGAAGUACAAAUAGUGUUAUAAUGUAAUGAAAUGAGAACUUCUGUGAUAUUUCUAUAUGAACUAAAAGCAGACAUAGAUCAUCUAUUAUAAAGAUAUGUUUCUUAUGAAUAUUGAUAUUCAAUUCAGCUUAGUACACAAAUUGGAUUCUAACAGAGAUUUACCUCAUAUUUUGUCGUAGCUAAUUUAAGAUUUGAUUUAGAAGAAUAAUAUUUUGUUGGAGGUAUCAAAGUUUUAUUGUGAUAGAGAGAGAGAGAAAAAGAGAGAAAGAUUUGUACAGGAUUAGAAUGGAUGUGUAACUUUGGUAUCUGGUUAAUUUUGGUAGGUGCUAUAGGAGUGACAUAGUUCCAUAUGUUCUUAUAAUACUGUCAUGUAUGGGACAUAUACAUGAGGCCUCCAUUUGUUAAAAACCCUUGCUUUGUGUAAACAUUUACAAUAACUAGAUAAAUUUUACAUAACACAGCCUUGAUUAUUGAAUCAUUUGAAUUACUGAAACUUAUUAAAGACUUGUAACAUAUUUUUGUUUUGUUUGAUUGUAUGUCAGUUUAGAUGUUUUCAUCAAGAUAUAAUCACAUUUGUUAAAUAAUUUUUUGCUACUGUUAAACAGUAUGUAAAUGACCUCAUUUUCCAUCAGUAACUUCUAAUUGUUUUGUAAAUACAAAACCAGAUAUUGCAAUUGCUCAUGCCUUUAUAACCAUCUUCUUAAUUGUCAGUAUUUUUUUUCUCCAUCAAAUUAUUAAAAUGUGGACCUAAAUUUUACUUGGAAAAAUUUUCAAAUAUUUGCAUUCAGGAAUGAACAUGCAAUUCAGAAUAUUUUUUAUUGAAUAACGACACAUUUUGAGACAGUAGUUUUUCGAGUAGCUGACACAUGUAAUUUAUUGAUAUGACAUAUUCCGUUUUAUUUUUAUGCUUUGUUUUGAAACAUUUUGUAUCAUAUUUACUAAUAGGUUGGCAUAUCCAUCCAUAUGUGAAAAUUCCGUUUCUGUUAAGGGUUUAGUAUUAUCAUCUGUAGGUAAUUAGUGGUUUGUUUAUUUAAUGUAGGUAGAUAUGCUUUAGUUUUGUUAAGCAGCAAUAAUCAAUUUAAACUUGUUUUUUUUUGCAUCAGGGAUGUGUUAUGUGUGUUUCUUCUAAUUCUCUUCAGUUUAAACACGAAACUUUGCACAAUACACUAAUAAAUGAUAUGUAUCUUCAAUCAUUAGUAAGAUUACUUUCCUUAAAAACUUUUAAUAAACCAACAUUCUCUUAGAAACUAUUUGAUAUAAACUAAAAUAUUAAAGUAAGGUCAGUAGGUAGAGACUUGAACUUUUAGUUUUAGCACUUAUCUGAUCUUAAUAAAAGCAAAGGUUAGAACAGAUAAGAUCUAACAAAAGAUAUUAUAUUAGUAAAGAAAUAACAUUAAAUUAAACAAGCAUGUAUUUAGAAUUUUAGUCUUAAGGCUCUCACAUGUUAUGAGAGCUAUUCAACUUGAAAUAAAAGAUUAUUGUUUUAAAUGAUCCUAUCUGAUUUCUUAAGUGAUGGUGAACACAUGUUUUACACAUCAACACCUCCCGUAUUUCUAAAUUUGUUUAAAAUAUGUGCCAAGCAGACAUAAUGCUGAGGUUAUCUUUUUGCGUGUGAUGAAAUAUAAAUAGCAGUGAAAUUUGAUCGUCUCUUUCAGUAUAAAUGAGUAAAGUUUUUUGAUAAAUUUAUUUUACUGUAAGCUGUUAAGAUCUUUCAAAUAACUAUAAAUUAAAUCAGGUUGAAGAAAUUAUUAAAACUGCAUAGAUGUUCUGUCUAAAGACAUGGUCUGGGUAAAAAUGCUAUGUUAUAUAAGUAUUGUGAAACACAGACUAUAUAUCAGGAUAAAUGAUGGACGUUAUAUAUGAUGCUGUAAAGCACAAUCAUUAUUUCAUAUGAAAUAGAAAAUAAAAUAUUUCUGUAUAAAACAUA